AUGUCGGACUUCUUCCGCAGAGCGUCUGACGCGUUCCACCAUCGCCAGCGUCAAGACUCAGCCGGCUCAACUGGGUCAACCGGGUCGACUGACGCAACCGACGCAGCCAAGUUUCCCGACACAAAGAAGCCCACCGAGCAAGAGCCACUCAGUCAAACUACCCAGUCUGUUCAGCCUGACUCUCACGUCAACGAGGCUUUUGCUGGUACAGCAACUGGUAAUGUCGCCAAUCCAAAGCAACGCCGCCAUUGGGCCUGGGGACACCACCAGGGAAACAAACCCGGAACAGAUCAGCAACCUACCCAGGAGCACCAGCCGCAAAAAGAUACUGACUGGGUUUUUGGAACGUAA